CUAACGCCGCUUUAGCAGCAACAGGUGCACUUGCUGCCGUGGGGAAGACGAUGAGACCCACCCCAGGUGGUCCCUGGGCCCCCUUGGCCGGCUGGUGAAGUCGGAUUUCCUCCCAAGGAGGCCGCGCUCGCUGCGGGUUGAGGAGACCCCGCGGCCCCGCCGCCGUCUCCAUAGCUACGCAGGGCCUGACGCUCGGCGGUCGAGGAGAGGGAUCAGGCAGCGCGGCGGACAGCCCCGCGCUCACGCGGGCUGGGGUCCUCGUAUCCUAUAAAAGCCUGAGGCGGAAGGCCCGCCCUCUCUUUCGCGUGCGGCCGGCGGUGCAGCCGGGCAGGAACCCGGGCGGGGACAUCACCCACCGAGAGCGCCAUGGCCGAGGAAGGCAUUACUGCUGGAGGUGUAAUGGAUGUUAACACUGCCCUGCAAGAAGUGCUGAAGACUGCACUUAUCCAUGAUGGCUUAGCUCGUGGUAUUCGUGAAGCAGCCAAAGCCCUGGACAAACGCCAAGCCCAUCUUUGUGUUCUGGCUUCAAAUUGUGAUGAACCCACGUAUGUAAAGUUAGUUGAAGCACUUUGUGCAGAACAUCAGAUCAACUUAAUAAAGGUUGAUGACAACAAGAAACUGGGCGAAUGGGUAGGUCUCUGCAAGAUCGACAGGGAAGGAAAGCCUCGCAAAGUGGUGGGCUGCAGCUGUGUGGUUGUCAAAGACUACGGCAAGGAAUCUCAGGCCAAAGAUGUCAUCGAGGAGUACUUCAAGUGCAAGAAAUGAAUGAAAAAUAAAUUUUGAACUUGA